GCAAAAUGGCGACUCUUCUGAAGUCGUUGAUGUGAUUCGAUAAAAAAAAAAACAAGCGCUCAUUUCGUAAGCUGCUUCCAUGUCAGCACCUUCGUUUUUGGGCUGAGGUAUCUUUUGUUUUGUUUACUGAAGGGGAGAUUUUCGUAUGAGUUCAUCCAGGGAGCCGUCUGACAGUUCGGGAGCACAGGCCCCAGAAAACAGUGCAGACAGCAACAACAAAGUCACUCCAAUAAAUGUACAGCCAUCUGCAUCUCCAGAAGACGACAUGAAACGUGUUGCUGCUAAACAGUUAAUUGAGCGCUAUUAUUAUCAGUUAGUGGAUGGUUGUGGAAGAGAGUACUGUGACAAUGAAAACUGCGCUUCAAGUGGGAAAGGCAAGAAACUAACAGGCAAUGAAGCGGCAGUGUUGGCAUUGCAACUGUUCAAAGACAAGGCUAAACUAUGCGAGCCCAAUGCACCUAAAGUUGCCAAGACAUCCACAUCUCCUUGCUCUGGCACUUCAUGUGUAGAGAGUGCAGCUACAUCAAAGGAAACAGUUUCUUUCAGUGUUGAUAAGCCAUCAACAAGUGCCACAGAGAAAGAAG